AUGUUGGUGACCGACGUCGAUGACUGCGUUGUGUCCGUCGACAUCAACAUCGACGUGAAGGAGAGACUGGACGGAGCAUGCUACUCGCGCGAAGAGAAAACGUGUCCGUCGGAACUAGUCGACAUGUUCGUGUCGAUGUGA